CUCCACUCCCAUUUUGUAGCUCGUAUAAUUGCUACCAACAGUACUCCAAUUCUAUAUCUGCUUCAUCACUCCGUUAUUUCUACUACUUCCCCUGUUUGUGGCCGUUAAUCCGAUCGAUUGAUACUAAAUUCAAGUCUCUGUGUGUUUUGUUAGCAAUUUGAUGGAUUAUUCUAAUCAGCCGAUCGAGCUCAGGGCUUUGGAUUCUUUGGGAUUAGGGUUUGAUGUUGCGAGCGAUUUUCGGUUAAAAUUCGCGAAAAGUUGUCCUGAUGGUGGACGGUUAGUGGAGCUGGAUGAAUCGAGGAAGAGAGACAUUGUUCUUCCAGGCUGUGGCACCACCAUUUCUGGGGUUUCUGAGGAUAUUCGUUGUGAUAAAGGAGAUCGUAUUCGCUUUAAAUCGGAUGUUUUGGAAUUUAACAAGAUGUCAGAAUUACUUAAUCAAAAAUCAUCAAUACAAGGAAAAGUCCCAUCAGGAUACUUCAAUGCCUUAUUUGAUCUAAGUGGAGCAUGGUUAAAUGAUGUCACAGAUGCCAAAUAUCUUGCUUUUGAUGGUUACUUUAUCUCUCUCUACUAUUUGCAUCUAACAUCAUCUCCAUUAGUACUCAAAGAAAGUGUCAAGAAAUCUGUUCCAACUUUCUGGAAUCCAUUGAUACUAGCUAGAUUCAUUCAAACUUAUGGCACACACAUUAUAGUGGGAAUGGCUGUUGGAGAUGGGAGGAGUCCUUCUCUAAUAGAGAGAAAAACAAGAGAUGGAAAACAAAAAGUUCCAGAUGUGUUCAACCGUAUGUUGCAGCCACAUACAAUGCAAUUCACUAAUGUUACAGAAACUUCAAGCAAGGAUGGUCUCACAGUUAUUGAGUGUAAAAGAGGUGGAGAUGUAUUUUCAGACACUCACUCAAAAUGGCUUCAGACAGUUGGAAAUAAUCCUGAAGCAAUGCUCUUUAAAUUUGUGCCAAUUACUUCUCUUCUUAAUGGGAUUCCAGGGAGUGGAUAUCUUAGUCAUGCCAUCAACUUAUAUUUACGCUAUAAGCCUGCUCUAGAAGACUUGCAAUGUUUCUUGGAGUUUCAAGUUCCUAGACUAUGGGCACCUCUGUUUUGUGAACUACCUCUUAGACAUCAAAGAAGAAAGACAUCUUGCCCUCAGCUACAGUUUAAUUUCUUGGGCCCUAAGAUUUAUGUCAGCACAACUCAGGUUAUAAGCGACGAUAAACCCGUAACCGGUCUCCGUUUAUUUCUCGAAGGAAAAAAACACAACCGACUAGCAAUGCACGUACAACACCUCUCUAGUCUCCCCGACACCAUGACACAAAACUCCCCAAAACCCACCACACCACCUCAAUGGCGAGGCUCCGACGAUUCCGAUUCCAAUUCCAAUUCCAAUUCCAAUUCAAAAUCCAAAUUCCUGGAACCAGUCCGAUGGAAACGCUAUUCCAACGUCUGCUCCUCCAUAGUCAAACACGACCCAAACUGGCUACAACAAAGUCAAACACCCGGAGUCUUCAUAGUAACCGGGGCCCAACUCAUAACAAAAGGAAAAUGGCCCAAAACCAUACUACACCUCCGUCUACUCUUCACCCACUUGCCCAACUGCACCAUACGUAAGACCGAGUGGGCCGGUGCACCGGUGGCUCGCAAGUCGAGUCUUUUUACGAACCUGAGCUCGACCUUCACCUUCGCACGUGGCUCGGUGGCUAAUGCUGAGAAGCAAGUGGGUGCGAUGGUGAACUCGGGUGUGUUUCCUGAUAGCCCACCGGUGCCGGUUCGGUUCACGAAGUUGAGGAAGUUUGUGGACACGGAUGAGGUGGCGCGUGGGCCACAGGACUCGCCGGGUCAUUGGUUGGUGGUUGCGGGGAGGUUGGUUGUGGAUGGUGGGAAGAUCGGGUUGCAUGUUAAGUUUGCUUUGUUAGAUUUUGGAAAUGAGUUGUAACGGUUUUUGUUGUGUAUAUGAUGAGUAUGUAAUAUGUUUGAGGUUUAGUCUUUUGGUUAUUUUGUAUUACAAAUGGGUUUUUCUAGAUGGGGGUUGUAAGUGCAUGAAUUAA